GUUUUUCCCCACAGCGCCUUCAAGUGAGCAUGGAUUCGCUGAGGUUUGCAACGCUGCUGUUGGUGGUGAUGGCACAGUCUCUCUGUGCACUCGGAGGUCCGCUAACCAGCCGGGAGGAGGGCAGGGAGGUGUGGACCCUGGACAACUGGCAGAACAACCCUCUAGCAAGCGGGAUAACCAUCCAUCUGGCAGACCUCAUCAAACGCUCUAAAGCACAGCAGUUCCACGGCCUGAUGGGAAGGAGCUUGGGGGUAUCACAGCCAAUGACUAUGGACAGGAAAAGAAAUAAAGGGGAGAUGUUUGUAGGACUCAUGGGGAGAAGGAGUUUAGACGAAGAUAUGCAAGAGGAGUGGAAAUCCUACUUGUACUAAAGAUGCAAAGGAGAAUGCUUUCAUAAACAUCACC